UAAGAAGGGGAAUGCCUAAAGUACCAAUUGGUUAUAGCGGGACAUUGUUCGCGCAUGCGUGUAGUGCUCCUAGCGGGGAGGCGGCAGCGAGGGGAGCCUGAGGAGCCGCUAAUGGCGGCCGCGUUGAGGAGAUUGUUACACGGUACGGAAGUGGAACGAGUCCGACCGGAGCCUGAGCCUCCUCCGCCACCAUGGGGCAUGGAGACCCGCAGGUGUCCUGUGCAUGGCGGCGGGGGUAAUAGGGGGGAGAGAGUCGCUCGUGGCGACAAUGGCAGUUUUCAGGAGCAGCCUUCUUAUACGGGAUAUGGCUCCCACUACUGGAACUCUCAGCCUAGGGCUUCUUACCCAAGUCCAUAUCCUCCUGGAUCUGAGCACCAAGGCCAGGGGAUCGAUCAUUCCUAUACAAAUGGCGUUUAUGGCACUCCAUACUCAGCUCCUGGGACAGGACCACCUCCGUAUCCCCCACAAUCAAAUACCUAUUAUUCUACAGGGCAUCCUCCUGUCCCUUAUUCUACAGAGUCUCCUGGAUUGUACCAGUCUCAGUCAUCAGUUUCCAACUGGAACUACCCCUCACCUAACUGUCCAGCAGAAGGUACUAUGGUGAGGAGGCAAGUACCAGGAUAUGCCCAGCCUCCGACACCUGGCUUUCCUGUCCCACCAUAUCCCUAUGGUGAUUGCAAUCAUGGUAUUCCUCAACAGGGGCCGCCACCGCCCCAGCCGAGGCUUCAAGAUGCAACAUGGAGACCUCCUGGUGUUUAUGGGAUGCAGCCUCCAUAUGGUUGGUCUCCUGCAUCAACAGGACAUGAGAAUCGAUAUGUUGCUGAAUCCUCUUCUCCUUGGCCUGCCAAUGGAGCACCUGCCCCACAUCCUCAGAUUAACAGUGCAAAGGACUCCUCCUACAACCAAUUGGAGCAAGGAACUAACCAGCACAGCUACUUCCCUGAAGCCACUCACCUGCCUUCUGGGACCAUGAAUGAUCACAAGCUGACGCAGCUUAACACGAAGCCACCUGCUUCCAACACCAAAGUGCAGUACAGUGCGCAGCCCCAGCUGUAUGAUAAUGUACAGAAGAAGCUGCCUGCGGCUGUUGACCAUGGAUCAGGUUUCAAAACGAAUGGGCAGCUUCCAACAGAACCCUCAGAUGUGCAGCCGGGAGUUCGAAAGGUUAUGGAGGUUAUGGAGGGGGUUGAAUUGCUAGAGGAAGAGGUAGAUGAAUUUGUGGGGAGAAAAAUGGACAAAGGCUUCCGGCUACUUGAGGAAAUGCUGACCAAGAAGCUGUUGGAGUUGGACUCUAUAGAGACAGGAGGUCAGGAGAGUGUACGCCAGGCAAGGAAAGAGGCUGUUCACAGAAUCCAAGCCAUACUGGAAGAACUGGAAAGAAAGGGGCUUUAAGUUGGAGAUAGCAACAAUCCUAAGGCAGAGUCCUGGAGUUCUCAAAGAACUGUGACUUUGUUCAAUCCCCAGCUCUUUUGACAUCAAAAGCAAUAAGUGGUAACUUGAGUUUUGAUUUAAAAAUCACAUGGUGAAUUGCCUAGGACUAAAUUCUUAGCUUGGUGAUCCUGCAAACAAAUAUAGGGGAAGAGAUUACAUGCUGACCCUGAAUGAUUGAAGGCUAGCUAUAGUAGCUUCCUUAGUUAUCAGCAUGCUUUUACUCCAUAGGAGGAUUAUAAUUCUGUAUGAGGUUCACUGAGGUAAGGCUGUAAGUCUCUGAAGACAGAGCUUUUGGAGCACCAGUGACUUCUUUGAAUGACUGAGUCAUGUGUCGGACUCUGCUAGGUACAAAGACAUUUCAGUUGCAACUCAGCACCAGUAAAAUCAAGACAAUAGUCUCCUUAAGCUGCUCCUCUUUGUAUUAUUUACAGGUUCCUUACUCUUAUAAUAGUAAUUGCAUUGUGUUCUAUAUUGUUGGGGGUACAUCCUGCUAAAUUGAAGCCCUUCUGAUGAGCUAGUCAGUAGGGCAACCAAAGCCAGUAUAGCUGUCCUGCCGUUUUCCUGUACCAUGGAGGUACAAUCAUGAUGCUUUUUAUAGGACAAGCAGAAGGAACCAAGGUAAAGAUUUGACUGUUGCCUGUUCAAGAUGCAGUGCUAGAAAGCAGGGCAAAUGAUUGUAAGAACUCUGUCUGCAAAUGCCCUUGGCCAGAUGCGUUAGUGAUAUUUCAUAUGUUGCUUUACAAAAAAAAAUCACUUCUAUCUGUGUAACUGGUGAUUCCUACAUUUGCUGUCUGAGGGGGACAGGUAAGGCUACUACUGUAAAUAUUUUGUUCAUCCCAAAGUGGUCUUUGUUCUCUAAUGUGAGAAAUAAACGUCCAAGUUUUUUAAAUGCGAAGUUUGCAAAUGACAUUAUUGGAAUCAAGCAAUUAAAAUGAAAUUAAGUGUGACCACACAAA